AUGUAUCUAUUGCUAUCACCGAUCGCCAUUGCAUUUCCAUCGCUGAAAAUCGGUCGAACUCAAAGUGCAGCCGUAAAAGGGGUUUUAACGUGUAAUGGUAAAGCUGCGAGUAAUGUGAAAGUGACGCUCUAUGAUGCUGAUUCAGGCCUUGAUGUAGAUGAUUACAUGGAUAAAGGAAUAACAGAUGCAGAGGGCCGUUUUUUACUGAAAGGGCACGAAGUAGAAAUCAUGAAUAUUGAUCCAAAACUGACUAUCUAUCAUAACUGUAACAAUGAACAUAAUGCGUGCUUGAAGAAAUUGAUAGUAUUUAUACCAGAUAGCUUUGUCAGCGAUGGUUUGGUACCGAAAAAAACCUUUGAUCUUGGUAUUGUUAAUUUGGCAAGAAACACUCGAGAUGAACAGCAAGAAUGCAUUAAUUAA